AUGAUAAGACAUUUCGAAUAUUUUGCUGGUGAACGACGUCUUCUUCAAAUAGCCUCACUCUCUUUUUUGAAAGAUACACGUCUUGGAAUUGAUGGUGCACAUUGGUUACGUAAACUAUUGCAAACAUGUGCUAAAGAGCCUGCUAUUGCUGCAUUAGGAGCUACAAGGCGCUCAGAAUUUAGUAAUCCUUUAAGAAAAUUUAAGUUAGUUUUUCUUGGUGAACAAAGUGUUGGAAAAACCUCAUUAAUAACAAGAUUUAUGUAUGACACAUUUGAUAAUACAUAUCAAGCAACGAUUGGAAUUGAUUUUUUAUCAAAAACAAUGUACUUAGAAGAUAGAACUGUUAGAUUACAAUUAUGGGAUACAGCAGGACAAGAAAGAUUUAGAAGUUUAAUUCCUAGUUAUAUUCGAGAUUCCUCGGUUGCGGUAGUCGUUUUUGAUAUUACAAUUCAUUUAUGA